AUGGAACAAGAAAACGAGAUUAAACGAAUUAAUCGAGAUCGUCAACGUUUAAACGAUGAACAACAGCUGUUAAUAUUAAAUCAGAAUGGUUUUAAAAAAGAAACAAGCAGAAUUAGAGGUAGGCGCCCACAUGAAUCAUGCCAGUGGUCCGUACGCCGUGAUAUGGUCUAUCAUGGCGGUUUCACACCCUUAUUAUCAACACACAGUAUGGUUUUGGUCGUCAUUCUUUGUUUUUUUGUCACUUAGUGCCCGUGACGCCAAUAAAUGUGAAACAAAGAUUGCCUCAUUUCUCAGGUUAAAGACGAGUAGAGGUAACUGUAUGAAUAAUCGAGUGGAACAAUCUAUUUUAGAAACAAUUAUUAUUAAACUCAUUAUUCUAGAUAGUUUUUGUAUAUUCUCUCUCACCUGGGAGCACAAUUAAAAUAAAAAUAAUCAAUAGGAUACUGUCACGUUGAUUUUCUGUU